UAAUUUUAACUAAUAAGUUAGUGUAUAUGAUAGAAAACUCCUUUGUGUUCAACAAAAAAAUAAAUUAUAAGGGACUUGUAGCUCAAAUGAUUAAUAGCAGUUAUUCAACACUCGAGGUCUUGUGUUUGAAUCCCCUCUCUGAUAUCGCUACAUAUCAAAAAAAGAAAAAAAGAAGGAAAACUCUUUUGUGGGCGACUUUGUCCAAUUGGAAAAAGUGAUGCUGAUCCUCAUGACUAUGCAUUUAAAAUAGGCCCAAGAUCCAACAAGCCAGCAAGGGCCCCAAUUCAAAGAAUUAAUCAUAAUUAACCAAUGAUCAUCCCAUUAGUUUAUUAACCAUCCAAUCCUUUGAUCUCUCUCAAUGUCCUCCUCCUAUCUCUCCUCCCACCCAUUUAUAACCAAUCCCCCUCUCCCUCCCCCUCUCUCUCUCUCUCUCGUACCCAACCACCCUUCUUUUAAGCUUCUUCUUCUCCAUGCAUUGUUCAUAUAUAGGAAUUAGAGGAUACACUUCAUAAAUUUUCCUUCUUAAAACAACUUCUCUUAGAUUUUCUUUCUUUUUUUGUUCCCCUCAUAGAUUUAGAAGCUUGACAGAUCAAGAUGGGUCGUGUUAAGCUGGAGAUAAAGAGAAUAGAAAACACCACCAAUCGACAAGUUACAUUUUCAAAGCGUAGAAAUGGACUCAUUAAGAAAGCCUAUGAGCUUUCCAUCCUUUGUGACAUUGACAUUGCUCUUAUCAUGUUCUCUCCCUCCGGUCGUCUCAGCCAUUUUUCCGGCAAGCGAAGGAUUGAGGAUGUAUUCACCCGCUACAUUAAUCUUCCUGACCAAGAAAGAGAGCAUGCUAUAAUUUUCCCUGAUCACAACAAACAUCCUGAUCUUCAAAACAAAGAGGUCAGAUACAUGACAUCUAGCAAUUACUUGCUUAGGACUCUUCAGCAACUAAGAAGUGAAAAUGAUAUUGCUCUACAACUUGCCAAUCCCACGGCUGUUAGCUCUGAAAUUGAGGAACUUCAACAGGAAAUUGGAGGACUACAGCAACAACUUCAAAUGGCCGAGGAGCAGAUAAGGAUAUAUGAGCCUGACCCAUUAAAAAUCACAUCUAUGGCGGAGUUUGAAUCCUGCGAAAAAAGCCUUAUGGACACAUUGACGCGUGUUAUGCAGAGAAAGGAAUAUUUGCUGAGUAAUCAUCUUUCUUCCUAUGACUCAUCUGGAAUGCCCCAAGUGUUGCCAGGCUCCUUCGAGAAUGAGGUUGCAGGUUGGUUGUCUAGCGGUGGCCACAACCAAGCCCAAAUUUACGAUGCAUCUGCUCCCUUGGAUCAUCAACUUAGGAACUUGUCUUCGACACUGUAUGAUCCGUUUUCACAAGGAACAAGUUCAAAUGCAGAUCCAAGUAGCAUGGGAGAGUGUCAUGUGAGUGUCACAAAUGCCAGUGAUGGAGAGCUUCCACCAUGGCCUCAGGCUUACACUAAUUCCUCUGGGCACCCCUCCACCCUCAUGCCCUCAGGCUUGUUGCCACAAUUUCAGCAUACAAUGGUGGGCUCGAACAUGCCAGAAAUAAUGCCACACGAGCAGGUGGAGAUCCCAGUGGGCAGCCCCAAUGUUCAAGCUUACAAUGAAGGUGCAGAGUAUCAUGAAAACAAGGUCCCUCAGCUUAAUGGACAUUAAUGUGUGAUGCCGCAGCAUAUAAAUAUAUAUAUAUAUAUAUAUAUAAAAUAUAAUAUAAAACCUUAGCUUGCUGUUAUAAUUUGUAGCAAUACAUGUAAGUAGGAGAAUCAAGCAGCUCAUGAGGUGCCACUUUGUUAAAACAACUGACAAAUUUUUGCGUUUUAUUAUUAUUAUUAUUUUUCUUUCUGUUUUGGUUGCUUGGUUGGAUUAUGAUGUUUAAGUGUUUGUUGGAAGGUGUGUCUAGUUUGAAUGAUAUUCUAUUUUGAUCCAUAUGGUUUCAAUUAAGGAAAUAUAUAUUACGAUUUUGAAUCCUCAGCGGAUCCAGGAAUUUUAAAAGAAAGGGGCAUUUUUAAAUUGUGUUAAGACACAAGAUAAAAUGAAUAUGCCAGAAACCACCCCCCACCAGCCUCUCCCUCUCUCUCUCUCUCUCUCUCUCUCUCUCUCAGAUUAAUAACCAAAGAACAACAGCAGUUCAUUAGCAGCAGCAUAUAUCAAAGAUUACUAUAAAAUCAUAUACCAAUUCCUCAUUUUCUACUAACCUUCAUGUAGAGAGAUGAGAAUAGCAAAGCAGUCACGCACGCUGCAAGCAGACUUCCAAAGUUCCAUGCGGGGAGCUUUUUUUCAAUGGACUGGAGUUGGUGCUAAGGCUUUUUUUUUUCUUUUUUUUUUCCCUGGUUUUUUUUUUGGGGGGGUCAAAGAAGAAAUAUAUCCAAUUUGCCUGGCAUAAAACCUAGCCUCACUUGAACUUUUUUUCUUUUCUUUCUGGACUGAAAGAAGCACUCGACUUUAUGUAAACUUUUCUACAAAAAUAAUUUUUAUAAAUUUCUAUAAAUUAUUUUCUAAAGACCAAAAAGAAAAUAUAGCCCAUAUACCUCUGACAUCAUUCAUGUUUAUCUCUAUGAACUACAUAACCUUGACUGGAAGAAGGCAUCUUUUUUACCUACAACUUGGUCGACAAGUGGCAAAACAGAACAAUUAGCA